GCCCUGUUCUCCAUCACACACACGAGCGGGAGGAGACAGAGCCGGUGGUGGGUCUGUCAGAGCUUAUAAAGGUGGGGGCUGAGCCUGCCCUGCGACCAGCUUCUCGCACUGAGCACUUGGGCAGCGCCCUCCAGAAGCAGCCUGUGGACCAGCCUGGGCCUGGCCCUUUCUGAACCGCCCUGAGCCGAGAUGGUGACCCUGCUGCUGCUCUCUGUCCUGGUGGGCCUCUCCAGCGUGGCUGAUGGUCAGGGCGUGCACCUGGGCUGGUGUCCUGAGCCUCCUGUCCAGGAGAACUUUGACACCCUGAAGUAUCUCGGGAGAUGGUACGAGAUUGAGAAGAUCCCCGUGAGUUUUGAGAAGGGAAGCUGUAUCCAGGCCAAUUAUUCCUUGAAAGAGAACGGGAAGAUCAAAGUGCUCAACCAGGAGAUUCGACCCGAUGGCAGUGUGAACCAGGUGGAGGGGGAGGCCGCCCCCACCAACCUCACAGAGCCCGCCAAACUGGGAGUCAAGUUCUUCUGGUUGAUGCCCACUUCUCCCUACUGGGUCCUGGCCACGGAUUACGAGAACUAUGCCCUUGUAAGCUCCUGUACCACCUUCAUCUGGCUCUUCCACAUGGACUACGCCUGGAUCCUGGCCAGGCCCGUACCUCCCGCCCGCCAUAGUGAGGCCAGCUGAAGGGGCAUCCUCAGCGCCAAUGGCAUCGAGAUUGAGAAGAUGGUGCCCACUGAUCAGAUGAACUGCCCGAGGUUCCUCUAG